AUGGCGAGGGGCGCGAGGCCUGUGCGGUGGCCGAGGGUGCUGGCGCCGGCGCACCUGGCGGGGGCCAUCCGGAGGCAGAAGAGCCCGGUCGAGGCGGCGCAGCUGUACGCCGACGCGCCCGGAUGGUACCCGCGCGGCUCCUACCGCCACAGCGACGCCGUCCACGCCUCGCUCCUGGCCGCCGCCGCCUCGUCCUCACCCGCGCUGCUCGCCUCGCUGCUCCGCCGCGUCCUGCGCCGCUCCCCCUCCGCGGACGCCCUCCUCGCCGCGUCCAUCCCGCACCUCACCGCCGCGGACGCCGCCUCCAUGUUCCGCUCCUCUCUCCCCGCCUCCCCGGCCCCGUCCUGGUCCCUCUCCUUCUCCGCGCUCCUCCGCCGGCUCCUCGACCGUGGCCUCCUCCCCGAGGCUGCCAGGCUCCUCGCCGACUCCCAGGGGCGCCCUGAGGUGUCCGUACAGUCCCAAGACCUCACUCUGCUCAUCUCUGAGAUGUGUCGCCUGCGGCGUCCUGACCUCGCGCUCCAGGUGCUCGAGGAAAUGUCUAAUCAGUGCCUUGAGCCGGACAGGGGCGCCUACCGCGCGAUCGUUCCUGCGCUCUGCGAUGCUGGCAUGCUCGACGAGGCUACGCACGUCGUCUACUCCAUGCUGUGGCGGGUGUCGCAGCGGGGCUGCGACGGCGAUGUUGUGGUGUUCCGGGCGUUGCUGGUCGCGCUCUGUGCUGCUGGACGGGGUGAGCUGGCAGAGCAAGUGCUCGAUAAGAUUAUCAGGAAGGGGCUGAGGACGCCAGGUAGCAGGCGCUCUCUGCGCGUGCCAAUGCUUGCUGUGCUUACCGUCGAGGAUGCCCGUGAAGCCAUUGACCGCGCUUUGGUUGUCCGAGGUGGGCGCACUGUUGCGAGCUUUGAGUCCAUUAUUCUUGAUCUCUAUGACGAGGGACGGUUGAAUGAGGCAGACAAUUUGUUUCAGGACAUGGGCAAAAAGGGGUUCAGGCCAACAAUAUGCAUGUUUGAAGCCAAAAUCGUUGCCUUAUGCAGGGAACAGAGGGUAGAUGAUGCAAUCAAGGUGUUGGAGGAGGAGUUGGUCAAUAACGGUCUUGUUCCCACUGUGACAUCAUAUAACUUGUUAAUGAAGGGGCUUUGCCAGGCUAUGCAAGCAAUGAAGGCCCUCGGGUACCUUAAAAAGAUGGAUAAGCAGCUUGGCUGUGUUGCUCGAAAGGACACAUUCUCUAUCUUGAUCAGUGGCUUGUGUUCAGAAGGAAGGUUUGUCGAGGCAGCAAGAGUUAUGGAGAGGAUGGUGAAGAACCACCAUCGUCCUGACAGAAACUGUUUCAGCAACGUUAUUGAAGGUUUAUGUGCUGUUGGCAGAACAUAUGAUGCAUUGGUAUGGCUAGAGGAGAUGAUUGACCAUGGAGAAACACCUGAUGUAUGUGUCUGGUCUUGUUUGGUUUCAUCUUCUUUAGGAGUAGGAGGAAGCGUUAUAGUUGCAGAAAUGUGAGAAUUAGGAUUGAGACAGCAAUACUCUUGAAGCACACCAAAGACAGCACAAGGGAGUUGCCUGUGAUGUAUUUGGCGCUGAAGAAAGAAAGACUGUGCCUGUGGAGAAUAGCUCGAAUUCCUUGCCAGUUUGUAUCCACUAGGGGGUUCAAGGAGUGCCGCUUGCUUCUGUUUCAGCUUGAGACAUGUUUGAUGAACUGUGGGACUGCAUCGUGAUGAAAACCUUGGUGCUGUUGUGGAUGUGUUGGUUGCAGCCUUGCAGGUUGGAAUCUCAUAAAUGCUGAAGGAAAAAAUAAGACCGGCAAGAGAGGUGAUUUUCUCUAUACACCCCCCACAAGUCCGAGUUUGGGUCCAUGAAAGAGCAGCCAAGAAGCUCGCAGGUAUCAAUUCUGAUUUCUGAUGGCAUGGCUGCCUUUGCCAAACUUGUUCUUGAGAGUGAAAACAGACACAGCUUUUGAUCAGGGUGCUGGGAGUAGCGGCCGAGUUUUGUAUGUUGGCAGCCGUGCAGUACUCACGAUGUUGGGAUGUUUAUAAGGACCUUGAAGUAUGCUGAAUGUUUGGUUCUUUCAUGUGCAUGUGCUGAUGAGUUGUGAUCGUACAUUAGUAAUAUCGCCCACUGGCAGGCUAAGCAUAAGGUCAGUGUAGGGCUGGAUGCUGUCAUGUGGAAAGACCAAGUCCCAGACUUUGUUUUGUGUAGCUAUUUCGGUUUUGAGCAAGCUUGAUAAAGGAGCAAUUCCUGUCAGUCACAUAUUUUAUAUCUUAUUGUUUGUGCGAUGGCAGAAUGAUUUCUUGAUGUUGAUUUUUUUGUAAAUAGUAUUGUCGAACUAACGAUAUCCUGUUGUUCGGGGUUUGUGCA